AUGAGAGCAGGGAUUUCAUUCGUCGUUGCAGGCUUGUCCCUACUCAGGAUAGCCUCAGCAAGUCCACUUCCCAAUGGCGCAGAUAUUGUUCGAUUCAAGGGUCCAUUCAACGUCGAAUCGAAUUCGGUUCAUAAUAUUCAUGUCGAGUGCGCUGAUGCAGCAUGGGAAGGACAUCUCUCCAUAAGUUAUGGCCGGUGUGAUAUGGAGGAGGUUGAAAAUCGACACCAUCAUGUCGGCGAAACAUUUGUCAAACGAGAGGCCUUCCCAGAUCGCUUUAUCUGGGUGACUCCUGCCGAAGUCAUCCACAAUGGCUGUCUGCAUGCCUAUUCAGGCUCGACAUUGGUUGGCCGCUCUGCCCCAAUUGCCGUCUCCAGGCCCCGACGCAAACGGCAGACGAUCUCUGAAGUGGCAGACACAGAAGGGCCCUGGUUCGAUGGUGUUAGCUUCAUGGAAUCGACCGGGAUCUCGACGACCAUGGUCGCUGAGUCCAAGGCAAAGGAGAUUGCCAUCAUCGGCGGGGGAAUGUCAGGAGCCUUCACGGCUCUCUUGCUCCAGUCGGUUGGCGUGGAAAACUGGCACAUUAUUGAGUCCUCCCAACGGAUUGGAGGCCGUAUUCGCACCAAAUACUUGAAUGGCACAAAGCCCGAGGAUUAUCAAUAUCAGGAGAUGGGGCCAAUGAGGUUCCCUGUGUCAGUCCGCUACUCUGAUACGAAUGAAACUCUUGAUAUCCAAGACCACAAACUCGUCUUUGAACUUGCCAGCUUCGUUAACAAGCUCAAUGGAAAUGACUCUGCCCUUGAGGUUAAAUUCAUUCCCUGGAUUCAAUCAUCACCGAACGUGCCUGCGAAUUCCAGAGGGUAUCGACUACCUGAUGGGCGCAUCCCAAGCGCUGCCCAGCUCCGAGCAAACUCGUCAGUGGCAGGUCCAGCGCCACAGUACUUCGACGAGGAGGCCGCCGACGCUGCAGAGCAAGCAUUCGAGGAGUUUCUUAAUGUGACCGCCGAUAAAUUACGUGCAGCCGGACAAAAUGUGUACAAAGCACAUAAGCAAGCCGUUGAGGAUGGCCUCUUUCGAUGGUCGGAGGCGGCUUAUCUGAAAUAUCAGCUUGGUUUAGAUGCCAACCUCACCGACUUCCUUGCUGGGUCUGACAACUCCCCUCUUUGGGGAGAAAUCUAUGACAACAAUUACUUCGCCGCGACAACGUGGCGUACAAUUGACAAAGGUCUGAGUAGCCUUCCGCGGGCAAUCACUCCACUUGUUCAGAAUAAGACAACAUUCGGUCGGAAAGUUGUGGGCUUGACUUGGAAUGAAGAGACGAACAAGGUUGGAGUUAAAUGGCGAGGAGAUGCCUUUGCUCAACUGCCCGAGGUCGAAGAGUUUGACUAUGCUGUUGUUGCUGUUCCUUUCUCGAAAGUCCGCCUGUGGCGCAAUCCGAGCUAUUCAUCCUUGUUGUCCAGAGCGAUAAACACACUGAACUACCAGCAGAGUUGUAAGGUUGCAUUGCAUUAUAAGACACGCUUCUGGGAGCAUCUUUCCCCUCCGAUCAUUGGUGGUUGCGGUAGUACUGACAUUCCUGGCAUUGGAUCGGUAUGUUAUCCAGCAUACAAUAUCAACGGCACCGGACCCGGUGUAAUCCUCGCAUCGUAUCAAUCCGGCACAGGAGCUCGGUCCGUGGCGGCUCUUUCUGAAGAGGAUCACAUCGCGCUCGUCCAGAGGGCCAUGGUUGAGGUCCAUGGUUCGAUAGCCAGCGAGCAAUAUACUGGAAACUAUGACAGGCAGUGCUGGGAGAACGAUGAACAUACUGCCGGCGCCUGGGCUUCGCCAACGCUUGAUAGCCAACCGCUGUAUCUUCCUGCUUACUAUAAGACCGAGUUCAACACCAUUUUUGUUGGCGAGCACACUAGUUACACCCAUGCCUGGAUCUUCUCUGCCCUAGAUUCUGCAUUGAGGGGUACCACGCAAUUGCUAUUGGAGCUAGGUUUGGUAGAUGAGGCCAAAGAGAUUGUCAAUACUUGGAUGGCUCGGUGGAUUACGGUCUGA